UUUUUUAAAUUUCUUAAUCCUAAAUAAAAUAAAAUAUAUAUCCAUAUAAUUAUAAAAUUAUUUUUAAUGAAAAAAAAAUGAAGAAAGUAAAAAAGAAGACAUACUCUGACACAUUACAAUAUCUAUCAUCACCAUCCGUAACAAAUUCUGAGGAAAGUGAUGAUGAAUGGUCUGCUUCAUUUUUAAAGAAGUUGAAUCAUAAAAAAGGACAAAACGUUUAUUCAAAAAUGACUAAUACAAUCUGGUGGGGCUGGUUUCUCAUUAUUUUUACAUGGUUUCUUUUUGUAACUGGAAUGUCUGGGGUUUUUGGAAUUUGGCAAUGGGUAUUUCGAAUUGAGAAUAUUAAAAAUCAAGAAAAAUCAUAUGAUUUUCCAAUUAUUGAUUAUUAUUUUUUACUUAUUGUUUUAACUGGUGGAGUUGUAGCAUGGAUAUGGGUAGGCAUUAAUUGGCUUGGAUUGAAAUAUUUUCGAAUGACAGAAACUAAAGGUGAUUCAUGA